AUGGCGGCUAAGGGUAGCGUUCCUGAUUUCAAGACUCUCAAAGAGUGCUUGGAAUUCUUGGAGUGGCUGAAUGAUCGUAAACGUAGCGUUGUUAGAAGUCAGGUGGCAAAUAGACUGUAUAGACUCCUUAAAGAUAAAUAUGAAGGUGUUGAUCAAACGCAAAUUGAAAUCGCGUUGUCCCAAUUUCUUAAUAACCUGUCAGUCUUUCAUAAGAAGUUAUGCACUUCUCCACGUGGCAGUUAUACUGGCGAAAAAAAAACCAAACCCGCCCUUAAUGCCCUCUUGGCAUGUAUUCCACAAAUUUUAUCCGCGUUCUACUUUUUGCGAUACCAUGUGGACCGAAACUUUGCUGCGCUUGGCGGAGGGGGGUGGGCGGAUAAGGAAGUUGGAGUGGUUUCAAUGUACGCUACAAUUGGUAUGCGGUUAGAUGCACUUAUGAACCUUGUUACUGAUAUUGAUAAAUAUCUAGUUGCAAAGAGUAACAAUGUAUACGGUGUUAUACCUGGAGGAUUUGAGCUCAGUGAGCUAAAAAUAGGCUAUAGGUACCCCAUGGGACAGGGUUAUCGCAACGGUACUGAUAUGGCAGGUGACCUUCAAAAAAUAUUGGACAAGAAUACUAAUGCUAACAAUCUUUUCCUCGAUGUUUAUUCCACGACUGUGUUGUCAACGUCUGGAACACAAAUUCCAAACGUAGCCAACGCUAUUCGCUUGGUGCGAGACUUUUGCAGAAUAUUUGCAGAGGUGAGAGAUGAGCAAGAUUUUAAAGGCCAUCUAUAUUCGAAAGAUAAAUGUAUUGAGUGGGAAAAAUUAAAAGCACAUUGUGCUGGACUCAUAGGGCCUCUUGAGAAAAUUUUCAAACAGAAGCAUUUUUCUUUUACUGGAUAUGCGCGGGAUCUUGACAAACUCAGUAAACAAUCCAUUGCUAAGAAGAUGGCUAGUUGGUUUAGAACAAAUUUAAGUGAGGUGAUAAAGAAUUUGGAUAAUAUUAGUUCUUUUAGGACAAAUGUUAGAGUGAAUGAAAGAUUAUUUAAUCGUAAUGCCCUGGCUACGAAAGAUAGAACAGCACUUACUAAAUAUUUCAACAAGAACUUUUUUCCGUACGGAUUCACUUUUUAUGGUCACGACGCUGGAACGGGAAGCAAUAGGUUUCAGAUUUUGAACGAGAAUUGGGAUGGUGUAAUCAAGGUGCUUAAAGAAAAGAGUAAAGGAUUGAAUGAGCUUGUGAACAUUUUGAAUGGUGAUAUCUGUAAGCUAAAAAAAAAUAAAGAAAGACAACCGGAUGAGCCUAAAGACGGCGUGCCUCAGCCUCCAGCUGAAAAGUCUGAAGCUGAGUCUGAUGUAGAGUCCGAGGAUGAAGCAGAUGAACCGUUGCAGGAUGAAGACGAUCCACCUGCCGACACCAAAACCGAAGCCGCCAAAUCUGUGGUCACAAAGGCCGAGGCGGCGAAGCCGACUGCCACUAAAGCUCAGAGUGCUGUUGAUGGCAAUGAUCAAACUCAGGGUAAGAAAGCGGAGGGAGCACAGAACCAGGGCAAGAAGGCGGAGGGUGCACAGAACCAGGGCAAGAAAGCGGAGGGUGCACAGAACCAGGGCAAGAAAGCGGAGGGUGCACAGAACCAGGGCAAGAAGGCGGAGGGAGCACAGAACCAGGGCAAGAAGGCGGAGGGAGCACAGAACCAGGGCAAGAAGGCGGAGGGAGCACAUUCAGGUGCGAGUGACAGUAACACGGCAUCUGGGCCGAGUUCCGGUUCAGGUGGCGGUGGAGCUGGAGGAGGUGAGCGACCAGGCAGUGAUAGUUCUGGGAAUUCGACCACGUGCCCUGGUGCCAUAUCUUAUAAUUUUGGGUCAGGAUACGGAAAGUAUUGUCCCAGAAAUGACAAAAAAUGGGAUCUCUCCGCACAACAGCAAAUACACGAAAAGUGGGAUAAAGACAAGAAUGAAUAUGAUAGGAAGAUGGCACAGAUAAGAGAGCAAGAUAAAGAAAAACUUAGAUUGCAAAAAGCAGCAGAAACGCGCAGACUGGAAGAAGAUGAACGUAGAAAGCAAGCAGCAUAUGAGAAAAGCAUACUCGACCGGCAAAUUAGCAUGCCAUAUCUAGAUGGGCAGAAUGUUUUUUCUUCAACCCGCGCAACCGACCUUGGUGGAUUAGUGGGAACAAUGGUCCCAGACGAUUAUGAUAAUGGCUCUGAUCUUAUAAUGCAACAGAUAGCUGCAGAACAGCAAUGGGAAAAACAGAAACAAGAAGGAACAGUCCAGAGGCAGUUGGAUAAUUAUGCGGCGAAGCAACAGCAUAAGAGGAAGCAGGCCGCCAAGAAACUUGAAGAAACAUUGAAAGAUACUGCAGAAGACAUAUGGAAAUUCCAACAGCAGAAAUACGUAGAAGAAAUAGAAAACAAUGUACAAGAUCCCGAUGCCAAACACCGAUUGCAGCGGAACAAAAAAUUAGAGAAGCAGAACGUUGGUGAUUAUCCGCCAACAUCCACACCCUCCACCAUUCCAAGGCAGCCCAGCCGUUCUGAUCUCGGGCAUUCCGGUCAGAAUACCGGUGGCCGUAAUAGUAAUGGACGUGGUUACUAUGAACCCGGAGAAGGGAGAGGUAGGCGGUAUGGGGACAUAGGUUUUCAAGACGUUGACGGUCCUAUAUAUCUCGGUGGCGAAUCAAUAGAGGAAGACAACUAUGUUCCAUCGUGGUUUACAAAUGGCGAGACCCCACCCGAUCCUUUCAUUACCAAUUCCGUGGAAGAUUGGAAAAAAGCUCUACAGGAUGGGUUGAGCGACCGCAAAUUAGAUAGAGAUUACAGCAAGCUUAUUGAAGAACAGAAGCGUGAUGCUGAAAAAAGAUAUCGUAUGAAUAGAGUUCUUCAGAAGGUUUCGGUCGAUGUAAAUGAAGGACAGAAAAAAUUGAAAGAUGAUGCAGACAAAGAAGCCGAACGAAUGAUACAAGAUUCUAAGUAUAACGAUGCCAUAAAACGUCUUGGAAUUGCAAAUUUGCAGAGAGAAGCAGACGCUAAAGCGUUGCAACAACGAUUAGACGAAGCCCGAAAGGACCAAGACGAAUUUAUACAAAAGGCGCAAUCUUUACCGCACGCUAUUGAAGGCAAUGCAAUCGAUACAAUACGGUAUCCACCUGCUUUUGUAGAUCACCAUUUGUACACUUUGAAUCCGGUCGUCGGCACAGUUGUGUCGCAAGACUCGCCGAGGAAAAGGAUUAUGCAAGAACAAUAUGAAGCGGCGCGGCGAAAUUUGAAUCAGUAUCAAAACUACAAAGAUCAAAUGGAGCAGCGCAAACUUCUUCAAGUUGCAAAGGACUGGAUCCAGAAACCGAAGGAUGAGGAGGCAGAAUGGACGAAACGACGAAUAUACGGUACUCAAGAGUUAUCUGUAGGCGGUAUUCAGACGAACAUACCAAAAGGGCAUACUAUUGAUUCAUCAUCUUUUGACGUGAUGAAGUUGAGCGAUGGCGCUAGGAUGAAAUUUUCAGAUGUUACAGCAACUGUCGUGGACCAUGUCGAACCAGAGCCACAGAUCACCCAGGCAAUAGGAGAUGCUACAGCAGAGUCCAAAGGCAUACCGAAGUCUAUGACGCUACAAUCUCCUGCAUUUAAUGCUAUUACAAUGGGCCACCCGAUAAAACCACCCAAGAUUCCUAGCACAUCAGCCAUGCAAUUGCUUCCGGCGCCUACACGGCUUACAAAACCUAUUCGUAUGAAACCAACAGGUAUUGCUAUGCCAGCACAUAAGCAUCCUCCCAUCCUUCGACACGUCCCUAUUACCACUCAAACAUUUGACGAUCCAUCAAUGGCCAAAUUUUUGAAUAUCUCCAGCACCAGUCUAACAAAUUCAUCAAAAGCCGAUACCAAUGUUCCCGUAUUACAGGAGAUAGAACGCCCAGUUCCACAAUCCAUGUUUGGCGGAUCCCCCGUCCCAGACGCCGAAUUGCCAUCCUCGCCGAUUCCUAGAGAUACGUUCCUCACUGAGCCACAACCAACCAUGGGAUUCCAAAUAGAAUUCCCGAAACGCACUGUACGUAAAGUAGACCCCGAAAUCGGCCUGUCCAUAGAGCUAGCUCACCAUGGCGAUCGCACUUUUAACGACGUGGACCUAGAUGACCCUUACGCCAACACGGCCGAUAUCCUUAAAGACGAGUUCAAACCUCCAGAGGACGAAGGCUUCUCAGGCCUGCCUAACACUAAUUUGGAUCUGAACUUUGCGCCGGAACGUAUCGGACUUGAAGGGUAUGAAGAUCCCGGGAUGCCACGUGACUCUCCAAGGGAGGCAGAUGAACGCGUAAUUAACCCAUUUAGCACAGAUGAAUGCCAAAACCCUUGGUCCGUUGACACUUCUUCAACUGAUACACCCCCUCCACCUGCCUCCCCUUCCCCAGACACCGACCAUCUGCCCCCGCCCAGAACCGUUCGGGAAAUGCUUUACUGGUUUGUUGGAUUGAAUACGUAUGGAUUCAUUGGGAUGAUUACUGAGUAUGUUGAGUGCCUUCUAAAGAAUGCUAACAAGAAUGUCUUUGAUAUGCCAGAUGCCCUCGAGGUCACCAGAGAUCCUUACAACCUGAACAGUUCCCAUGUCGCCGAUAAGCUGACAGAAGCGUCUCUCUACUCGGCCACCGUUAUCUACAAGAUUACCCAUAACAAUGACUUCAAAGCGUUUUCCAAUUUCAACUUCAAAUCAGUAUAUAGUCAGCUUCAUUAUUCCUCCGACCCCGCCUGUCUCCUCUGCCAGCUGCGUGACUACGUCUACGCCUGCUGCCACCAGUUGGCGUUCCUGAAGGCGCAGUGUAAACGAGGUAAAUCCCUUGGUGGUUGGCAGGAUUCUAAAUAUGGCAGUGACAUCAAGACAUCGUCCCCCCUCCACUCCUUCCUGACUGACGGCUGGGACUCCACCUUCGAGACUCACCCCUUCGACCCUUGCAACGCUUGCCUCAAGAGCCGCGUCAGGAUGGGAUUCAGGAAGGAUGAUUUACCUGAGAAAUCGGAAAAUGGCAUCACCCUUUCCACCAUCCUCACUCCUAGCUGCGGCGGCGAUAACCCUCUGCUGACGCUGUCCUCCUACCUCAACUGCCUCACCAGGCGGACGCCGCGGACAACCGGGGAGCUUGUGUCGUACUUCCACAAUUUCGGUAUAGAGUUACACGGGUCCGAUCCGAACGAACUCAAUUCACUGUCCAUUCAACGUGAUCUAAUGUCCAUUUCAUUACACGAUGUAGCCACCGCGUUAAGAUGUAGGUUGGCUGGGUUGUUGAGUUGUAGGCCACCCGUUGGCAGACUAUGUCAUCCCACCUGGAUAACGCUACGGGAGGGUGGGUGCUUGGACAUCAAUGUCGAUGGCUGA